GGUCGGUAGCUUAGGUUAGGUUAAACACUGCCAAUAUGACAGACACUGUUAAUAUGACAGACCACUGUUAAUAAAACGCUGCCAGAGUGACAGACCACAGUUAAUAAAACGCUGCCAGUAUGACAGACCACAGUUAAUAAAACGCUGCCAGUAUGACAGACCACAGGUAUUAAAACGCUGCCAAUAUGACAGACCACAUUUAAUAAAACGCUGUCAGUAUGACAGACCGAGAAGAGUCGCUCGGCGAAUCGAGCGAGGUUAUCUCCGAAGCGGGCGACGAAGAGGUUAUGGACAUGUGUGCACGAUGUGGUAAAAUUUGCGACGCUUACGAAAAUCCGGCGCUCACCUGUGCCGGCGAUUGCGGCCGGAAAAUUCACGUUACUUGUCUGAGUCGUGGAGGAGUUCCUGGCUCGCUGGUGGGAGAUGUUUUCUUCGAACUGCAUUGUGUGAACUGCAACUCUUUCCGAGAGGAAACAUUGGUAAGGAAGAAGAUACCUUGGCUCACCGUCAUCGCUUUGACUUUGUACAACCUGCAAGUCAAGUCGAGUGGCAUCAGCAAGCAGGGCUACUUCCAUUGGAAGUCGGAUAUCAGUAUGUUCAUCGACAGAAACUGGGAUUAUCUCUUCAGGAAGAACGUGAAGCGGAAAAAGAAUUGGACAGGAACAAUAUCCGGGACGCUGUCACACUACAGUGGAGUUUUCUUCAAGUCUGGCAUCGUCGAGCUUGAAGAACCAGGCUGGUGGAAGUUGAUGGCAAAUGACCCUCCGGAGAUCCUCAUUGCCAAGAAUUGCCGGAUGAUGUUAAACCGUAAACAAAAGGCUGGGAUCAGUUCCAAGAGUAUCCACAACAGAGAACAGUGUAGCGACCCUACGACAUCUAAAGGAAAUUUCUUUUUUGACGAUAAUAGCAGCAAGGGAGAGUCUUUCGUGUAUAGUCGGGAGAGUUCGAUGCAUUCAAUCGCAGAACCGUCGAUAUCGUCUUCAGACUUCUUAUUGCCGGUUGACAUAAAUGAUUUGGACAUUUUGGACACCGAUGAUACAUGCAUGGACAUUCGACACGAGAGCCAGACGUUGGCAGAGCUAAUGCAGGACGUCCAGCAGCAGAGUUUCCAAUUAACGGACCACCACAACAGCAUUCAGAUGUCGCAGUUGCUGGACAAUUUUAUGCCGGACUGGGCAAGCUGCGAUACAAAGCUCUCGGAGUGUAACAAUUAUGAUGAGAGUCUCGACAGGGUCGACGAUACCUUUAAGGACGAGCUGUAUGAGAAUCGAAGCACUGACAGUCCAGUUUCCAUGCAAGAACAACCAUUGCCUUCUUUGUUUAACUCUAAGAAGCAGCGAAGGUGGCCUUGGUUAAAGGAUAGUCCCAUUGGAGAAAAGAAGUUCCCAAUGAGCGAGCUUGAAGAGAGCUACCUUCUACAAAAGGUCUGCAAGUCUCGACUGGACUCGGCGAAACCUUCUAUCAGACGUCUGUACAGAAAACUAGCAGUUCGUAAGCUGAAAAGGGAAUACGACUUGCCAUUGCUCGACGUGGACAAGUUCCACGCUGAAGCGAAGUCCUACAAAAAGUGCGAACAGAACGAAAGGGUGCUGGACAGGUUUUGCAGCGACUUAAAUGGCGCGGCUUUCGAGCAGAGACUUCAGGGCCACAACGAGCCUACUUCUGUGCACAGUCCUUAUACAAACAGACUUUUAAAGCCUUUUAUUAGAAGGGACACAACCAGUAGACCCACCUGGCUGAGGCUCAUGAAUGAACUUCUCCUCAAGGUCAAUGGAACCGAGUCAAUGUCAAAAGUUGACCUUGCGAUAGACUAUUCAUACGUCAGGCCUCAACACAUUCCUGCGAUAAACAGUCUCUGCAGCCAGUUCUUCUGGCCAGGGAUCGAUUUGACGGAGUGUUUGCAGUAUCCGGAUUUCAGCUGCGUAGUGCUGUACAAGAAGUUGGUCAUCGGAGUAGCGGUGUUGAUACCAGACGUCGGCUACAACGAGGCCUACAUUUCUUUCCUCGUGGUUCGACCCGAGUGGCGAAGAGCGGGCAUUGGGACGUUCAUGUUGUACCAUCUGAUUCAAACUUGCAUGGGGAAAGAUGUGACCUUGCACGUAUCGGCCACCAACCCUGCUCUAAUUCUGUACCAGAAGUUCGGAUUUAAGAUAGAAGAGUUCGUACAGGACUUCUACGACAAGUACAUGCCCCCUAACUCGAAGGAAUGUAGACAUGCUCUGUUCCUACGACUAAACCGAUGACAAUGAUGCACUUGAAGUGUAAUUUAAGUGAAUUUACCUGGGCGUUACUUAAGGUGAAGUGAAACACGUCGAGGAACUUGAUCGACGUCGGUAAAGAUGAUUUUUCUAAAUGCCUACGUU